CCAGUCUGUCCACUGCAGCUUUAUCUAGCAAUUUAGAGAGGACAUUCAUACAAAUGACAAACAGAGAAAGUGAUAACGUGCAACCUUGUCUCCAACCUUGUCUCAGCCCUCUUCUACUGUUGAAGUAACCAACUAAUUUUCCAUUUACUUGGACUUAUAAUGAUGCUGUAGAUACACAUAGAUGAAUCCAGUGUAUAUACUUUGCAGGAAAUCCCAAAGCUUCCAAUGUUGUUAAUAGAAAUGACCAUUGUACUGAAUCGAAGACCUUGGAGAUAUCAAUCUUCACGGCACAUCUAGGAGAAAUCUCUGUCUUGUGGUAAUCUUUUACAAGUUCAGUUGCUAAAAGAAGGUUCUCCAUCAACAACCUAUCUUUUACAAAUGUGGAUUGAUUUACAGAGUUAAACUUUGGCAUAAUACCCUUCAGACAAUUUGCUACGAACUUUUGAUAUCACCUUAUACAUGACAUUGCAACACGAGAUUGGUCUAUAAUCUUUCAUCUCCGUAGCUCUUUCCUUUUUCGGUAUCAAGGCAAGAAUAGCUGAGUUGAUACCUUUUGGAAUGAAGCCUUUCAGAAAGAAAGAUUGUACCGCCUUAACAAUAUCAUUUCUCACUAUCGACCUAGCAAACUUGAAAUGUUUUGUAGUGUAUCCAUCUCGACCAGGUGAUUUGUUGGAUGGCAUAUUAAAUACUACUGCUCUUAUCUCCUCUUCUGAAACCCCACUUAUCAACAUCCUUUGAUCUUCCUCAGUGAAUCUAAACUGGAGUAGAUUCUGAAGAAUCUCAACUGCUGGUGUUUCAUACUCAUGUGACAUAUAGGCAGGGGCGGACCCACGUUGAAGGUGGUGGGGUCAGCUGACACCACAAAAAAAAUUCCUUAUUAAUAGCAUGAAUAAAAUAAAUUGAACCUACAAACUUUUGAUUCUCUAAACCCACAAAAAAAUGUUUGGACCCACAGGCUAAAGCCCAACAUAUUUGGCGAUGGAUCUAACAAUUAGAAAAAUAAAUUUUAAAAAAUUUUGUUUCCUAAACCCUUUUAACAUAUUUAACCUAUUUUUUUCUCUGUUUCUAGAAUAGAUUUUUUAUUGUCUUUUCAACUUCCUUCUCUUCUCUUCUCCAAAUCCAUAGUGCAUUCUAUGUAAACUCAGAUUUUACAAUUAAGCUUUUAUAUUAUUGUCUUCUACUAACGUUAAUCAAUUACUAGGUGAUAACCCGCGCCCUACGUGGAGGUGAGUAGAUUUAAAAAUAUUAUCUUUCAAUUUGUAGACAUAAUAAAGGUUAAAGUCAUAGUAAGAAAAAUAUAUGUAAGAAAAUACGGGUUAUAGCUAAGAAUUUUAGUAUGUCAAUAUAAAUUUAUAUGUGAUCGACUUUAAAAUUAAAUUGUAUAUUUGUUUGCAUAAAGGUAAAUUAUAAAUAUAAGAUUAAAUGAAACAUAAGCAAUAGUUUAAUAAAAUAUGAAAGGAACAAUGUAUCAGAAAACAAAAGAAAAUAAAAAAAAUAGAGACAAAAUAACUGUUGUCAAUAAUGUCUUUAGAAGUCUUCGUUUGCAAUCCUAUUAUGAGCAAUAAAAAGAGAUCAUCUUGCGAAAUUAAACAUAUUAUUUUAAAAAAUCCUCCCUUAGUUUUUUGUGUUUGCUAGAAAUAUAAUGCUAAAGGAGUUUAGAGAAGGAGGAAAUGGAGAGGAGAUGUAAACGAACACGUCUACUAUUUAUAUAUGAACGGAGCCUAGGUCUUUCCUCACCACGCCAAAGUUAAUACUGUAUAUACUACUUGCCUUGUUGUACAAAAUUGUGAAAUGUUUGGAUGUCAAAUAGAUAACAAAAUGAAGUUCUAGUCCCGCAAAUUUAAUUUCAAAAAUAUUCUCCGGUCGAUUAAGGUAAGUGUAAAUCAAAGAUGGACAAUUUGAAAUUCGUAAUAACUUUGAAACUAGAGUUGGACCCGCGCGUCCGCGCGGAAAUUCAUUUUUUCUUUUGAUUCCAUUUUUAUUAUUUUUGGUAAAAUAUGUUUUGGUAUAGUAUUGAUAGGGCAAGCUAAGUUACUGAUUCAUCUGUUGUUGCUGUACAUUACAAACGUCUACAGUUAGAACCAUUUCAAGCGACACUUCCUCACAGGAGGUGUUUUGUUUCCACGUAUGUAAGCAUUUAACUUGAACUCACCAUGAUGUUUUAAAAAGUUUGAGAUUUUUGAGAAAAGUAAAAAUUGUUUUCUUAGACAUGUUUAGUUUGUUUUGUGAAUAAAAAUGCGCUUAAACAUAACAUGAAUGAGAUUAUAUAUUUUUUGUUUCAAGUGUGUAGGUUAAAUAGAAAAUCUUAACUAAAUCAUGAUUUGAACGUAUUGAAAACAGAAUAUACGUUUUUGAUAUUUUUUAAUAUCCAGUCCUUAAAGGUUUAUCAUUUUUUGUUAGCUAAUAUAGGAAAUUUUGAUUUACUAACAAAAUAUAAUAGCAUCCAAUAAGAAUGUAGUUAAAAAGGUAUAUUCGUAUAUUUAGUUAAGUAAAACUUGAUUCACACGUUUCGAAAACAUAAUAUGCAGAUAUUUACGUGGUAAGAUUAAUAUGGUUUUAGUAGAUGUGGUUGUUUAAAAAUAGGGAAGGUAUUUGGAAUGUAAUUGAUUUUAGUAAAAUACGAAAUUAUUAGUUUGUUUCUGUGCAUCGAAAAUAUAUGUAGAUUCUAACUAACCAAAUAAAGUAUUUUAAGUAUAUUUUAUAUUUUAUACAAACCUACUGUUUGAUUCGGAAUUUUUUUGACGAAACCAGAAACAAACCCGACAAUCUAAUCACUGUUUAUUUUAUGUUAUAGGUUUUAUUCAAUUGGUGUAUAAUAGUAGUCAAUCGAAUUAUGAUAGAUUGGUAUUGAUACAGCAUAGAAAACUAAACCGAGGUAUAGUUGGUUAUGAAACACGUUAAUUUCGGGUGAGUAUGUAAAUUUAGUUAAGCUGGUUUAGUAAUAUUGUAAAAUGAUGCUGCUAAAAGGCAGUGGCAGAUUUUGUAAUAUUGAACAUGAAAGAAUGGUUAAUUACCAGUUGAAACACGUUUGUUUUUAUUUCUGCAGACUAAAUUAAACCAAGGCAAUAUUGGAUAACAAACCACGUUAUUUUAGGUGCACUCGGUUUUGAAAAAUUUAUUAUGCAGGGUUAGUAAGUUAAAACGGUUGUGUUUUAAGGAAGUGGCAUAGAAGGGUAAUUAUUCAGGAAAACUCAGGGUCAAAUCUUAUUUGUACUCCUGUUUUAAUAGUUUAGAUGGUAUAAUUUGAUUCAAAUAACAUCUAUGGUACUUAAGUUAAAUCCGUGAUAUAGAAAUUUUUUUUUUUAAUUCAACUUUUUCCUUGAAUACGCUAACAUUCUAAACUUUUUUUGUAUAAUAUAUUCGAUCCCGUGAUCAAGUCAAUUUGAAAUAACCUUUAAAAUUUGAAGCAUUAAUUUUUGGGAAUAAUCCAUUAAUUGUGUUGCUUUGAAUAUAAAAGAUCAUAAAACGAUUUGGCAUAUUAUACUUUGACUAAAUUAAAUCUAAGAAAUGGUCAUGGUACUUUCAUAUGGUCAUGGCAUAUUACCUCUUCGUACCAUGACUAAUUAGCAUUACAAUUGAAGUGAUAAUUAUGGAAACAGAACAAUUAUGGUUAACAUGCAAUGGAGGAGAUUUGAAGCUCAUAUUAGAUUUUCAAAACAUUAUGAUAAACAUGGUUAACUUGUUGGAGGAUGAGAUAUGAACUGCAAUCAUGGUUAUGAUAUUUUCUUACAAAUGGGCGUAUCAAGCUUAAAGAACCAAUUCGAAGUGCAAAGAACUUAAUAUAAAGAAGUUUAAUAGAUUAAAGAACCAAUCGUUUACUUAAGCUUAAAGAAUUAUCACCACACAUAUACUUGGAUAUAUUGUCAAGGUUCUUCACCGAGGAACAUAAUUAUAACAAUAAAGACUCUCUUUGAAUGGUAAUAAAAUGUUUCCUUAUUUAAAGAUCCGAUUUUUUUAAAGAUCCAAAUGUAAUGUUGUGAAGAUAAUUUUGCUCGAAAAUCUUAUAAUAUAAUGUAAUGACCAGUGACAUUUGUUUGUAAUUAGUCUAGUUGAGGAAGGGCUUUUAAAAAAAUGAGGUGAGAGAGCUUGUGGUGAUGACACCUAGGAAACGACACACAUGUAAUAAACACAUGAAGCCAAUGUUAUUUUUUAUCAAUGCUCCUCAAAUAAUAAAAAAGGGAUAUAUGUACGUUACAACAAUUUAGUUUUACGUAAUUGUUAAUUUUUUAACAAACUCAAUUGAACUUUUUUUUGUUCUUAGUCUACAGAUGAGAAAUUGUCGCUUUUGUUUUGUUUCUAUGUAUAUUAUAUCUUUUUAAUAAUAUAUUUUAUAUUUUUUCAGCAGAAUCAAUGGAAAACUUUGUGAAUUUAAAAAAGAAAAGAGCCAUCCUCGUCUUGUGAUUUAGAUGAUUUACCAUGGGAUCCUGCUGAUCGGAAAAAAUAUCUGAAUACCCUUCAAAUCAAAGAGAUGGGGUAAUUCGUAGAUAUUUGAUUAGAGGUCCUUGCCAACCUCAUGGUCAUAUCUUUAAACAGAAAAUGAUAUCAGGUGCAAUGAGACGAUUUAAUCAUGCUUGGUUUGAUCAGUAUAAGAACUGGUUAGAGUAUAGUAUUAAGAAAGACGCUGCGUAUUGCCUAUGUUGUUACUUGUUUAGAGAUAGUAAUGGAAAAGGUGGAAAAACUGAUGCAUUGAGUAACGAAGGUUUUUCUAGCUGGAAUAAGUUUAGUAGGCUUGCAGAGCAUGUGGGACAAGUUAAUAGCUUUCAUAAUAAUGCAGUUAUGAAAUGUGAAAACUUGAUGAGACAAGGUCAGUCUAUUAAGCAUACUUUGCAUAAGCAGGAUGAUAUUACCAAGAAUGAGUGUCGAAUUCGGUUAAAUGCUUCAAUUGAUGUUUCCAAAUGUUUGUUGCGACAAGGUCUUCCUUUUCGUGGUCAUGAUGAGUCAGAAACAUCUGCUGAUAAAGGAAAUUUUAUGGAGCUUCGGAAAUACACUGCUGAGCAAAAUGAAGCUGUGAGUAAGGUUGUCUUACAAAAUGCUCCAGGAAAUAAUCAGAUGGUGUCUUCGAAGAUUCAAAAAUAUAUUGCGCAUUGCUUUGCAGAAGUAAUCAAAUCUAUUAUUGAAGAAAUUGAUCAUGACGUUUUUUGUUUGCUGGUUAAUGAAUCUGCUGACGUUUCCGAUAAAGAACAAAUGGCAGUAGUAGUUUGGUUUGUUGAUAAAAGUGGGAAUGUCAAAGAAAGAUUCAUUAGCAUUAUACAUGUGGCUGAGACAUCUUCAGCAUAUCUGAAAUCUGCUAUUGAUUCUUUGUUUGCUAAGCUUGGGUUGAGCAUAAAAAUGUUGAGAGGACAAGGUUACGAUAGCGCAAGUAAUAUGAAAUGUGAAUACAAUGGACUAAGGUCACCGAUUUUACGGGAAAACACCUCAGCUUAUUGUGUCCAUUGUUUUGCUCAUCAACUUCAAUUGGUUGUUGUGGCUGUUGCAAAAAAACAUUUUGAGGUUGGAGGAUUCUUUGAUAUGAUUUCUCUAUUGUUGAAUGUGGUUGGAGCUUCAUGUAAGAGAAAGUAUAAGAUUAAAGAAGAUCAUAGAAAAAUGAUUGAGGAAGAUAUUCUUGAUGGUAAAAUCAACACAUGAAAAGUGUUGAAUCAAGAGGUUGCUAUUCAGAGACCAGGGCAGACACGUUGGGGUUCUCACUACAGAACUUUGUUGCGUUUGAUUGAGUUAUUUUCUCCCAUCAUCAAUGUGCUUAAACAUAUUCAGAAUGAGAGCUUGGAAGACUCGAAAAGGCGACAAGCAUAUGGUCUUCUUGUAUACUUCCAGGAUUUUGAUUUUGUGUUUUAUUUGCAAAUGAUGGUUCACCUUUUAGGACUUACAGAUAGCUUAUCCAAAGCUUUGCAACAAAGGGAUCAAGACAUUUUGAAUGCUAUGUCACUGGUGAAGUUAACAAUGAGAUAACUCCAAGAUUUCAGAGAUAAUGGGUGGCAUUCUUUGAUGGAUAAGGUCCUUUCUUUUUGUGAGAAGUAUGAAAUUGAGAAGGUUGAUAUGGAAGAUGAAUUUAUUCACCCAAAGAGACCAAGGAAAAAAACAGGAAUACAAAACAUGCAUCACUACAAGGUCAAUUGGUUAUAUGCUGUUUUGGAUUUGCAACUUCAAGAAUUUAAUGAUCGCUUUACUGAGGUAAACACCGAGUUGCUUACAUGUGUUGCUUCUUUAUCUCCUAUUGGUUCAUUUUCUGAGUUUGACCAAUCGAAGUUGAUGAAAUUAGCCAAAUUAUAUCCAUUGCUUUCGAUCCCGUAAUACCUUGCUUUCCCAUUUUUGAUGUAUCCCAAAGAUCCUGAUCGUCCACCAUUGACUCCGGGAGAUUCCGAUCUGCCAUCGGAACCCUGGAGCCAGCUCUGGUAGAGAGCCUCAGUGCAUAUGUCGUACGAAACCCCAAAUCGGCUCAGAAUCGUCAAAAUCGCAUGCUUACCAAAACGGUGCAAAUGUCAUAGUGUAGCUUUUAUGCUAUUUACGUUUGCAUGAGAGAUAUCUAUGAGACUAUUUCUUAAUGUUUCAAGGGUUUAGAGAUUUGAAUUGGUUUUUCAUUAUGCAAUAUUAGUAAGAGCUCUGACCCCUAAUUUUAAGCCUUCACUGUGUCUUUUUUUUUGUUGCUUAAAUGUGACUACGAAUCUAGGCUUUACUGAUACGUUUCAUGUUUGAUAAUGUUAUGUGUUCAGUUUUAAUUGAUGUUAUGGUUAGACAACAUUUUUACUAGCAACUCAAAUGUUUCACACCAAAACCAUUAGAAUGUUUGAGGAUCUUGAGGAUAUUGAUUAUAUAUUGUCUCUGAUUAAAAAAAGUAUUGAAACGGGAGUGAACCUGAUGAGGAUUGAGAUGGAUAUGUUUGAACUUGAAAUUGGCUAUUUGUCAUGACUCAUGAUGUAUAUGAAGAUGAUGAUCUGAUAGUCAGAGCUUGAGAACAGAAUAAUACAAGAAGAUGAGAUGGGUUAUUAAAACUGUAAUUAAGUGCUUUAUAAAGAUAUUGCAUUUUAAGUAGGUUGUGCUAGACUACUGUUUGAGAAACAAUUCUCAAUAAAAUCUAAUAUAUCUAUAAGUAGCCUUGUCUUUGGUUCAGUUUUCCCACUCUACCAAAAUAUGGGAUAAUUUGGUCUCUUUCCAAGGCGAAUCCAUGAUCAAAAUAUUAGUGAGCUUCUACCAAAUCCUAAGAACAUCUUGAACAGUUUUUGAACCGAGUUUGGUCAGGACUCAUACGAUAAGACCAAAAUCGUCGGUGGGAUAGUUCGAACGCAUUUUCUAUUGAUCGGAAAGUGUUCGGUUUACAAAUGAGGAAAUAAACUGAAAAGUAAGCUGGUGUUCGGAGAGCUGGCCGGAAAGUACAAGUCAACAAGAAUAUAAUGUGUAAACCCUAGUUUCUAGUUGCCAAGUAUGUGUGUGAAUGUUCGGAUCCUCCUUCUCCAUCAGUUUCUUCCUCUCUUUAUAGAUUAGUCUUUCCUUCAUGUAUCUUAGGUCAUCUUUAACCUAAUAGGCUCUGGUCCUUCUCGGGCCGAGCAACUGGACCGACAAAUCGAGCUUUAAGCCGAGCUGGUUCGCCUAUCUUGUGGAGCCAAGCAAAGUAUUUUCAAGCCGGGCCCACACCUUUGGUUGGGAGUCGGUAAGCCGAAGUGAUGUAUCUAUUCAGCUUAGCGGGUCGGAUCUUCUAUUUUAUCGAACUUGUAAAGGGAUAAAAUUCAUCUCCUACAAUAAGCUUCAUGAUUGCUAUUAACAAGUUUUAAUUGAGAAACUAGAGAUUGCCCCGUGCACCCGCGUGGGUAUUGGUUCUUACAUUUUUAUACAUUGAUAUUUUUUUUUUCAUAAUUAGUGUUAUACAUUUUAGAUGUAUCGUAAUAUAACUAAUUGUAUUCAAAAGACUUGGACCGAAUCAGAUAAUAUGGUUAUUUUUAGUACAAAUAUUUAAACCCGUUUCAGGUAAUAUUCAGGUAAUAUGGUAAUAGCCUCUGGUCCUUCUCGGGCCGAGCAACUGGACCGAAAAAUCGAGCUUUAAGCCGAGAUUGUUUGCCUAUCUUGUGGAGCCAAGCAAAGUAUUUUCAAGUCGAGCCCACACCUUUGGUCGGGAGUCGGUAAGCCAAAGUGAUGUUUCUAUUCGGCUUAGCGGGCCGGAUCUUCUAUUUUAUCAAACUUGUAGAGGGAUAAAAUUCAUCUCCUACAAUAAGCUUCAUGAUUGCUAUUAACAAGUUUUAAUUGAGAAACUAGAGAUUUCCCCAUGCACCCGCACAGGUAUUGGUUCUUACAUUUUUAUACAUUGAUAUUUUUUUUCAUAAUUAGUGUUAUACAUUUUAGAUGUGUCAUAAUAUAACUAACUGUAUUCAAAAGACUUGGACCGAAUCAGGUAAUAUGGUUAUUUUUGGUACAAAUAUUCGAACCCGUUUCAGGUAAUAUGGUAAUAGGCUCUGGUCCUUCUCGGGCCGAGCAACUGGACCGACAAAUCAAGCUUUAAGCCGAGCUGGUUCGCCUAUCUUGUGGAGCCAAGCAAGUUAUUUUCAAACCGAGGCCACACCUUUGGUUGGGAGUCGGUAAGCCAAAGUUAUGUUUCUAUUCGGCUUAGCGGGCCGGAUCUUUUAUUUUAUCGAACUUGUAGAGGAGUAAAAUUCAUCUCCUACAAUAAGCUUCAUGAUUGCUAUUAACAAAUUUUAAUUGAGAAACUAGAGAUUGCCCCGUGCACCCGCGCAUGUUUUGGUUCUUACAUUUUUAUACAUUGAUAUAUUUUUUUUCAUAAUUAGUGUUAUACAUUUUAGAUUUGUCAUAAUAUAAAUAAUUGUAUUCAAAAGACUUGGACCAAAUCAGGUAAUAUAGUUAUUUUUGGUACAAAUAUUCGAACCCGUUUCAAAUACAUUUGUUAUUUGAAAAUUUUAAGUUCUAUACAUCAGGACUGAACUCAUCCAGACCCAUAAAUACCUAACUCAAAACCCACAUUAUAAUAUUCAAGCGGGGCCUUCUUUCCAAACAAAAAAAAUGAUACCCGAAAAAAACAACAGAUACCUACAUGGGUAGCCAAUGUUUACGCCUAAAUGAUUUUAUAAACUAAUAAAAAGAAUCUUUCUAUUGUUUGGCAAAAUUAAGUGAAAUAGAAAGAGUUUUUUAUUUAGUAAAAUAAUUAUAUGGAGUGAAAAAUUAAGUGACAAUAAAUGUAAUAUAUUUUUAUUAUUUUGAUUUAAGUUAUUAUUUUAUUCACAAAACAUGUCUUUGAAUUAUGUUUUUGGCUACAUAAUUUUCCAUCGAUUGAAACAAAAAAAAUAGUAAAAAAACAAAACCGAACGUUUAACCAUAUGCAAAACCCAUUUACUUUACAUUUUUGAUUUUAUAAUUGGAACAUAGUUUAUGUUGAUUAACUAAUAAAUAAAAAAAUUGUCUUAUUAUUAUUAUGGUAAUAUAAUUAAUGAUGUGAUGUAUUGUUACAGUAACAAUUAUUGAAAUUGUUUAAUUGAAUGAAAUAUGAAAAAAAUAAUUAAUAUAAUUAUAUUAAUAAAAUUACUAAAAUGACACUAUACUUCUUUUUUAUACUGUUAUUCAUGUUUCGAAACAAUUUUCAUUUAUACUGAUAUUUAUGUUUUCAAAUAAUUCCAAUGUGUACUUCAAUUUUAAUAAUAUAGAUAUAUAUAGAUGUGGAAAAUGAAAUGAAUUCUUGAUGAACCUGGCAAGGCCAAUUAAUAAUUUAUGGGACUUAGUUUCUUAAAAAACGUUGCUGAACAGACUAUACGAUGAGGCCUUCAAGAAACCAGAUAACCUUCAUAUACCUCGAUGAUUCAAUUUCUUACACAGUAUCGGUUCUAACUAAUCGAAAAUUGAGAAAGCUGGUUUAAGAUGUAUUGACCAUUGUAACAGAGAAGAAGACAAAGAUCAAAAACAAAUCCUCUUGGUGCUUAGAGCCUUCGAGGUUACACAAGUGCUAGAUAUCUAUCUAUAUUAUUAAAAUUGAAAUAUUUUUUAAAAAUAAUUUUACUUUACCUUAAUAUUUACUAAUAUAUGCCAUUGAAUUACUAACUAUUAAUUAAUUAAUUAUUUUUUAGACUCUUCUUUAUCCAAACUUACUAUACUUAAAUAUUAUCACUAACCAAACUUACCAAAAAUAGAAUUAUACUUUAGCCGAUUAUUCUCUAACUAACUUUAACAGUAAAUUAAACAAAUUUGUUUAAAAUAUGACUACAAAAUUUAUAUUUUACAUAUUCAUAUACAGUAUUAUUUCAUUUAACAUACAAAAUAUAAGUGUUUUUUGUUAAAACAAGUAAAGUUAUUUUUCAAAUAUAUGUUAAAUAAUUUGAUGAUUAAUAUAAUUCACACACACACACACACAUAUAUAUAUAUAUAUAUAUAUAUGUAUGAAUUAUAAGAAUACAACAAAUAAAUUUUAAUUUUAAUAUUUUCCUAAAAAGAACAUAGAAGUAGAAUUUAUUUGGCAUAUAAAAAACUUAGGGACAUAUCUGUCUAUCUUCUAUAUUAUUAAAUUAUCUUUGAAAAUAACUUUGAUUUCACCUUAAUAUUUACCAACUUGUACCACUGAAUUAAUAACUGUUAAUUAUUUAAUUGUUUUGUUAGUUUUUUCUCUAUCCAAACUUACCAAACUUAAUUAAUUAACCAAAAUGAUUUAUUUUCUUAUAUUAUUCUCUAACCAAACUUACAAAAAUUUAAAUUAAAGUAUAGAAAUAUAUAAAUAAAUACUUAUAUAUAUAUACUUAAAAAUAAAAAUAUGUAGUUUCAAAAAUAAUUUUUCGAUUUUCAAAAAUAAAUUUUGAAAAAUAAAUUCGAAGAAAACAUUAUCUACGAUUUAGUCUACGAUUUAGUCUUUUUCCUCUUUUGUAUUGACGUAGUUAUGAAGUAUGUGUUUUCAUUCGUCUAUAUAUCAUGAACUUAUUUCUCUUUUAAUAAAAUGUAAAAUUAAAAGCAAUUAAGACUUAUGAGAAACCUUCAAGGUUUGAAAAAUCGUCUUCACUUUUUGGUAAGUAUAUACCCAGAAAUGUGAAGGAUGCAAUCAAAACCUCAACAUGAAUAGCAAGUGAAGGAAAAAAAAUGGAUUCUUUUUUUUAUGUCAAUUUUUCUUGUCAGGCGGAGGGGUGGAUUCUUAUCUUGGAAUCCCAAUGGAUAUCAGUGGCUCUAAACAAAAAUUAUUUGCUUUCGUAAAAGAAAGGCUACAAAAUCAGGUUAGUGGUUGGACGGGAUGAUGGUUAUCAAGGAGAGGAAAAUAUGUUCUGAUAAAAUCUAUCUUACUGGUUGUACCUACGUAUGUAAUGUCGACCCUGCUACUACCUGUAGAGACUUGUGAGAAUUUAGUUAGUUCCAUUGCGCAGUUCUUGUGGAGCUUAAACCCACUUAAAAGAGGUAUACAUUGGCAAAAUGGGAAAAGCUAUACAGAUCGAGAGAAGAAGGAGGGAUUGUAUUCAAGAUGAUGAGUUCAAUCUUGCCCUACUAAAAACAGCUGGGGAGACUAGUGCAGUUACCAAAUUCCUUAUUAGCAAGGAUUUUGAGGAAAAAAUAUUUGAGAUGUAGUUCACCUUUUUGACUAAACAAGAUUGACAAUCCAUCAUAUGAAUGGACAAGUAUAAUAGCAAUGAAACCAUUAAUAUCAUUGGGGAUCAAACAAAAGAUACACUUAGGGAAUGAGAUCAGAAUUUGGGAAGACCUUUGGAUACCAAUGAUACCGGCAUGACCAGGCCUAUUGCACAUGUCGUUCAUCCAAUGAUGCCAGUAAGUGAGUUCUUAAUAAGGUGCCCAAAAAGGUAGAAUUCUGGCUACUAGAAAACUACGUCAGUCCAUAAGAUAUCCCGCUGAUUCAAUCUUUGGGAAUAAGUUAAGGAAAUCAUCGGGACGAGUAUUGAUGGAGUUAUAUAAAUAACGUUUAGUACUGUAAAAUCGGGCUACUGGGUAGCAACAAAUUUUCUCAACAAAGAAACGUUGGAGCCACUUCCAGAACCUAGUAUCGCAAAACUACAAGCCUUUGCUUCUCCACCAAAAAUCCAUCAUUUUAUAUGGCAAAUAAUCUAAAUACAACUCUAUGUGACAAAUAACUUAACACAUCAUCAUAUGUGACGCAACAAUCAUUGUCCAAGAAGUGGAGCAGAGAAUGAAACUAUUAACCGCACUAUCUUUGAAUGUCCGGCAAAUUUAAAAACAUGGUCUCUAGCAGCAACCCAUCUCCACUAUUGGUGUUCCCCAGCGCAAGCCAAUACACAAAUGUGGAUUAUCUAUUCUGGCCAAAGAAUGUAUUGAAGAUCCUGAGCUGGAUAAAGACUAAUACCCUUAGAUAAUAUGCUAUAUUUGGAAAGCAUGAAUUAUAAGUUAUCCAGAGGGAUACACAUGGACCCAUUGGAAACUGUCAGACACGCUGAAUCAAAAUGUCAUGCUUAGUUUGAAGCUAAUAGUAAAUAUGAAGAAAUACCAGUGGUGCAACAAUCUCAUGAAUAUGUCUCAACAACAGAGAGAUGUAUGAUAGAUGGAUCAUGGACACAUGACACACUCUUUAAUGGUUGUGGAUGGACAUGGAAAAAUUCUAAAGAAGUAAUUCAACUUUUGGAAGAAAAAUCAAUGCAGAAGAAUCUCACACCUACAUUCGGAACUUGAAGCUUUCUCAUGGGCAAUGGAGUGCAUGCUGUAGCUAUCGAUGUGUCAGGCUUUUGGCACCAAUUGUAAGGAUUUAAUCUCGAUGAUUCAAGAUCCACAAGCAUGGCUGAACUUUUCCACUGAACUGAAGGAGUUGUCAAGACUGAAGAAUAGAUUUUCUGAUUUCUCGAUUGUUUUUAUUUCUUGUUCUGGAAAUGUAUCAUUUGAUUCAUUAACUAAGAUAGCAAAAAAAUUUCAUAUGGAUCUAUAUUACAUUGGUUGUUUUGGUCUUUAGACAAUUUCAAAAUCUUUAUAAAUAAAAUAGAGUUGUCUCUCUCUACAGGCUGCCACAUCAUCAGGAAGCAUGGGGCAUUUUUGGACACAUGUCGUCUCACUAAACAAAAUGUAAAUUCUGUGUAAUCGGUUAUCUCAUUCCCCUUUUUGAAUUGCGCUUUUAUUACAGUUUUGUAUUAAGCCCAAUCCUUUGAAAAAAAUCAUCAGAACCCACAUAACAUUAGGUUUCUUGUUCCUCUUACUAUUGCGACCUCCCACACGAAAUUUUCAAAAACUUUAAUCGCCGUUCCAUCUCCGUAUUUUGUCCUAGCACCGACAGCAUUGACCUCACCACGAAACCUGAUCUGGAAGAUGAAGGAGCCUCGCGCAACGAAGAGUUCAUUGAGGAAAACAAUGCUGAAUUUGUGGAGCAGGCGAUGGUUGAGAAGAUGAGAGACUGCGUUUUGUCCAGAGGAUCGUGGGUUAAGGAUGACGACGAGUAUCCUUUGUAUCAGCCUGGAUCGUGUCAUUAGAUUGACGAAGCUUCUGAUUUCCAGAGGAACAUAAUGCGCGAUUCAGACGAUCUCAAUUGGAGAUGGAAGCCUGAUGGUUGCGACCUUCCAUGUUAUAUCCAUUGGAGACUUUGGAGUAAUCAAAAUAAAAGCAUUGUUCUUCAGGCUGUUGAAGGGGUUCCAAAAUAAAAGCAAUGUGGAUGCUUGACGUCACUACUCCUUCAAUGGAGUCACAAAUGAGUGUAGACUUUGCUAAACUAUUCACCAACUCUUCUUUUUAUCGGAGAAACCAUGAUUUCAUCAAAAAGCUCAGUAUUCCACCACCAGAAUUGAAAUAUCUCUACUUCCGAACUAAGUACUCGCAGCUGUUUUUUACUCAAACCAAAGCUUGCUUCUUGAAACAGUAAUGGUCUAACUGGAGACAUCCUUAGUACAAUGCCAUCCGGUUUCUCAUGAAAAUAUUAGCGUCAUGUUGGGUUUGGUUUUCUGCCAAACAUAUGAACGAAUAUAGGAGCAAGACAUGAAUAAUUUCUUUGGAGCCAUGUACGCUGCGAUACUGUUUCUCGGUGCCACAAACGCUGCAACAGUUGAACUGCUAUCGCCAUUGAGCGUACUUUUUUCUACCGAAAAAGAGUUGCUGGAAUGUACUUAGCCAUCCCUUAUGCAAUCUCUCAGGUGGCCGUGGAAAUCAUGAACAACAUGGUACAACGGGAGUUUACGUGCUGAUCCUUUACUCAAUGAUUGGAUACGACUGGACUGUGGCUAAGUUCUUAUGGUUCUACUACUCAAUGCUAACAAGCUUCAUAUUUCACGCUAUACGGUAUGAUGAUUGUGGCCUUGACACCAAACUAUCAGAUCAAUGGGAUCUGCAUGUCCUUCUUCCUUAGUCUCUGGAAUCACUUCUCCGGUUUACUCAGACCAAGACCGGUACGUCGCAAAUAACGAUAUGGUGGAGAUGGUACUACUGGGCAUACACCAGUGUCUAGGACGUUAGUGCAGAUCGCUGGUGUUGGAGACAUGUGCCUUAAAACUUUGCUGAAAUAUGGGUUCGGGUUCGAACAUGACUUCUUACCAGUUGUAGCUGACGUCCACAUAGGAUAUAUACUACUGCUCUUUGUCUUUGGCUAUGUCUUUGCUUAUGGUAUCAAGUUCCUCAACUUUCAAAAGAACGUGAAGGAAAAAUAGUACCUUUGUAGCAUAGUGUUUGGAAGUUGUUGGAUUCCUGUAAUUUUUCUUUUGUUAUAUAUAUUGUUUUUAUUUGGUUAGAAACAACAAUAAUAACAGUUUAUGUAUGAUUGGUAUCUAUAUGUAAAGUUAUACAUUCUCA